CCUCUAGGACGUGCCCCCUCAUCGUCACAAUUUACAGUCGAUUUCCUUAUGGGUGGUGUCUCUGCUGCUGUUGCCAAGACCAGCGCUGCACCAAUUGAGCGGAUUAAACUGCUGGUCCAGAACCAGGAUGAAAUGAUCAAGCAAGGUCGUCUUGCCACUCCUUACAAGGGUGUUACCGAUGCCUUCAAGCGUACCUAUGCCGAUGAAGGCCUUUUGUCGCUGUGGAGAGGAAACACCGCUAACGUCAUUCGGUAUUUCCCUACCCAGGCUCUGAACUUUGCCUUCAAGGAUUACUUCAAGGCUUUGUUCGGUUUCAAGAAGAAUGAAGGUUACUGGAAGUGGUUCGCUGGCAAUGUCGCUUCUGGUGGUGCUGCUGGUGCCUCUUCCCUCCUCUUCGUCUACUCUUUGGAUUACGCUCGUACCCGUCUCGCUAACGAUGCCAAAUCGGCUAAAGGUGGAGGAGAGCGUCAGUUCAACGGCCUUGUUGACGUGUACAAGAAAACUCUGGCUUCGGAUGGCAUCGCCGGUCUCUACCGUGGUUUCGUCCCCUCCGUUGUUGGUAUCAUUGUCUACCGCGGUCUCUACUUUGGUGUCUAUGACUCACUCAAGCCCGUUGUUCUCAUUGGUCCUCUUGAGGGUUCCUUCUUGGCUUCAUUCGGUCUUGGUUGGGGUGUUACUGUCGGUGCUGGUCUCGCUUCUUACCCUUUGGAUACCAUCCGUCGUCGUAUGAUGAUGACUUCCGGAUCCGGUGUCAACUACAAGUCUAUGUUUGACGCUGGUUCUCAGAUCAUUGCCAAGGAGGGUGUCAAGUCUCUGUUCAAGGGUGCUGGUGCCAACAUUCUCCGUGGUGUUGCCGGUGCUGGUGUGCUGUCUCUAUAUGACAAGCUCCAAGAAGUCAUGUUCGGCAAGGUCUACUCUGGAGGUGAGGAUGGAUAUCUCUCACAUGAUAUCCUCGUCUCUAACAUGUUGUAUCAGGAUCUGGUUAAACGCUUUAAUGGAAUAGUACAUUGUUUAUUCUCACAUCCUUCACGAUUUUCUUUGCUGCUAGACUCUUACAUCUUUUUAUUCAAUUACUGUCCUGUUAGGUAUCGCUAUGGCUACCUUAUAAAAGACCUAGUACAGAAUGCAUCCCGGAUAAAAAGCAUAUACACUAACUCAGAUUUGAAAUUUCUGUUUAGUUUUGUUUGGAUGAUGAUUUGUCCUCUUGCGCCGGUUGUCUAA